GCUCCGCCUUCCCACCAAUCUCGACCCUCGGCGCGUUCCGUUUGUGCGUGUAGGGGCCGGGACGCGAGGAGAGGCCGCGCCGCGGGCAGGGGCUGCGGCGCGCCCAGUGGCCGGCGAGCGAGCGACGGCGCGGAUGGCGGACUCGCGGCUGUUCUGCGUGGCCGAGGAGCGCAGCGGCCACUGCGCCGUGGUGGACGGAAACUUCCUCUACGUGUGGGGGGGCUACGUGUCUAUUGAAGACAAUGAAGUAUAUUUGCCUAAUGAUGAAAUUUGGACCUAUGAUAUUGAUAGUGGGUUGUGGAGAAUGCACCUCAUGGAAGGAGAACUCCCUGCCUCCAUGUCAGGAAGCUGUGGUGCUUGCGUUCAUGGAAAGUUGUACGUGUUUGGAGGAUACGAUGACCAAGGAUACAGCAACAGACUUUAUUUUGUUAAUUUGAGAACAAGAGAUGGAACCUACCUUUGGGAAAAACUCAGCAGCUUUGCAGGACAACCACCAACGCCACGUGAUAAACUUUCCUGCUGGGUAUAUAAAGACAGAUUAAUAUAUUUUGGUGGUUACGGGUAUAGGAGACACAAUGAACUCCAAGACUGUUUUGAUGUUCACGAUGCAUCUUGGGAGGAGCAGAUUUUCUGGGGAUGGCACAAUGAUGUCCACGUGUUUGACACAAAGACACAGACUUGGUUUCAACCAGAAAUUAAAGGUGGAGUUCCACCGCAGCCACGAGCCGCGCAUACGUGUGCAGUGCUGGGGAACAAGGGGUACAUCUUUGGCGGACGUGUUUUGCAAACGAGGAUGAAUGAUUUGCACUAUCUAAACUUAGAUACCUGGACUUGGUCUGGAAAGAUUCAGAUUAAUGGAGAGAGCCCAAAACAUCGGUCCUGGCAUACUUUAACACCCAUCGCUGAUGAUAAGCUUUUCCUAUUUGGUGGCCUAAGCGCGGAUAAUAUCCCAUUAAGUGAUGGUUGGAUUUAUAAUAUCAUAACAAAUUGUUGGAAACAGCUUGUAUAUUUACCUAAAACGCGACCCAGGUUAUGGCACACAGCCUGUUUGGGAAAAGAAAAUGAAAUAAUGGUAUUUGGUGGAAGCAAAGAUGAUUUACUUUCCUUGGACACAGGUCACUGUAAUGAUUUAUUGAUCUUUCAGACUCAGCCUUAUUCACUGCUCAGAGUUACAGAAGGGCAGAGGAAGAGAGAGAGAGAAAGAGAAAGGUCUUCCAUCCACUGGUUCACUCCCCAGAUGGCCGCAACAGCUGGAGCUGGGACAGUCCGAAGCCAGGAGCCAGGAACUUCUUCCAGGUCUCCCAUGUGGGUGCAGGGGCCCAAGUACUUGGGCCAUCUUCUGUUGCUUUCCCAGGCCAUUAGCAGGAACUGGAUCAGAAGUUGAGCAGCCAGGAUUCAAACAGGCACCCAUAUGGGAUGCCAGCACUGCAGGCGGUGGCUUUACCACAGCGCCAGCCCCCAAAGUGUCUGAUGUUAAUUCUCAGCCUUUUUUUCAUAUUUUAAGGUUUUGGAAAUCAUAAUGUUUCUAAAUAUAUGUCAUAUACAUUUACUGUACUCAGGUGUGUGUGUAUAUAAAUAAUACACAUAUUUGAUGUAGAAGAAUUGUUUACUCCCGAAGCUGUUGUUGGGUUGAUGUUAUUACUUGCAGUGUCUUAGCUCAUACACUCUUGCUCCAGAAGAAUGCAUGCAAAGUUUAGUGGGAGGAUUGUGGAAGAACCCGUUCCUGCCUGCCUGUGAGAGUCAUAAUGUAGGAUUUGAGAGAAGUAGAAAUUGCCCACUGAACAAGUGUGUGUGUUUUAUGAAGUGGGAAUAACAUAGGUGAAGUUAUAUGGAGAGGGGAGGAGACGUGGCAUGCUGUGUUUAUAGGUGUACACGACGUCUCCCAGGUGUAUGCUAAACCUGUUACGUAUGAUAACUUCACCUUGAACCACCUGAAGGCCAUUGCACUAGCUCCCACUUGGCCUUCCUGGAGUUGUUCUUGACGGCUCCUUGUCUUGUUGCAGUAGUUGCCCAACUGGUCUGCACGUAGUGUCUCCUGGGGAGCCUCAGAAACCAUCACUGCCUGUGUUCUGCUCCCGCAGAUUGUGAGUCCAUUGGUCUGAGAUGUGGCCUGGACUUUGGAGUUGUGAAUGAUUUCCAGAUAAUUCUAAUGUGAACACUACUGCUGUCAUUAUUUAUGGUGCCUUGUAUUGUUACCUAUCUAGAUUGCGAUUUCCAAAUAUGCAGGAAUUCAGAAAUACGUGUGUGCCUACAUGGGACAGCACUGUGCUAGGAAAUGAAGACUUGGCCAUUCUCUGAAAAUGCUGGUGAUAUAGAAAGUGGACCUUAAAACUUUCAGAUUUUUUUCUUUAAAAGAAAAAGAAAAUCACUUUUAGAGAAGCAUACAAAGUUUGUGAGACUCCUGGAGAAUGAGGUCCUCUGUGCCCAUGGAUAAGGUGACAAAGUUUGGAGAAAUACUUGCAGAGGUGUUGGUAUAAAGAUGUGGUGUGUUCUGAAAGCUGUGAACUCCUUAGUAUUCCUGAAAUGUGAAUAUGAGACGGAGAGUUACCAGAGGUGAGACUGCGGAAGAAAUCAGAAACCCUGGGUUACUGAGGGCCUUUGUUCCUCAUGCAUUGUAGACCAGAACCCACUACAAAAGAAUGGAGUAGGGGAGUGAGAUGCUCACGGGAACAGUUGGAAAAUUCCUCUGCAGCAGUGUGAAUGAGAGACCGGAAGGAAAUGUGGUGGGGAAAAGAAAUUGGUGAAGGCACUGAGAAUGGUAAGGCGUGAAGUGAGAGAGUGAGCUGAAAAGUGCCAGUGGGGCUGAAAAAAAGGAAGGAGGGAGAGCAGGUGGAACGGAUUUGGUGGUUAAGGAUGCCAAGGAGAAGUGUAGGGAAAAUUAGCAAUAGAGGGACAAUGGAAAAGGUAGCAGUUUUGAAGGUGGGAUAGGGUAGAACAUUUGAUUUCGGAUAUAUUUGAGCUUGAGGAGUGUACAGGCUCUCUAGUGGAACUAGUAUUAAAUAGUGAAAUAUAUGGGAAGGGCCGUGGGCUGCAAAGAAGUUUAAAGGAUCAUUGGAUUAUCAAUGAGUACAGCUCUGCCAAGGAAGAGUUCCAAUAGCGAUGGUCUAGUCAUUAAGACACCCAUGUCCCAAGAAGUCCCAAGCUCCUUCCUCCAGCUUCCUGCUAAUUCAGAGCUUGGGAGGCAGUAAUGAUGUCUCGAGUAACUGGGUUUGUACCACUCACAUGGGAGCCCUCUGUUGAGAUCCUGGCCCCUUGCUUCAACCUAGCCCUACCCCAGCCAUUGCAGACAUUUGGGGAGUGAACCAGCAGGUGGAGAGGUCUCUCUGUCUUUUAACCAAAGAAAAACAAAAAACAAACAAGUCAAACAAAGCAAAACAAAAACAAAUAAAAAUAGUGGAGAAGGAAGGAAGAAUGGAUAUAAAGACAGAGAAAUCUCUUGGUUGGAGGCAAGCAGGGAAUGAGGAAGCUUUUGUUGACAGUGAGGCUAUCUAUGGAGAAUGAGAGGUGAGGGUACAGACUUAAGAAGCAGUGGUGCAGGUGUGAAAUAGCUGCCGAGGGGCUGCGAGAGGAUGCUGGCUAGGGCUGUAGGGCACAAGCUCCAGGGUUGCAGGAACGUGGUCUUCUGUAGUGGCACGAAGUAGCCAGCCUGCAGGUGCAGAAAGAUGAUGGCUGAGUGUGCCCAUCCUGGAGCUUGGCUGGGAUGGGGUAACAGAGAGACGGGGAGGAAGGGGAUCCACGUCGCUGCCGAGAGAAUGAAGCGCCCCUGUGCAAGGCUGGUUACGAAAGGAAGCCGAAACCCGAGGAGAACCAGCAAGAGAGAUCAGGGAAUGAAAGAACUGCCUGAACAUUUCUGGUCCAAGAUGGAGAUGUGAGAGUUUCAGGUUUCAGAGGUGGAACUGUCCCGAGUGAGGUCCUGAAGACUGAGAAGGGUUUCUACACAGACACUGAAAUGGUCAAGCGGAGAGACUGUGGGGAGCCAGGGCCAAAGCCCUCAGUGGCAGGGGGUGGUGGGGGGAGAACAGGCAGGAGCUCAGUAGAUAGGCACGCCGAAGGCUGGGUUACAGCUGCCUGGGAGCAGCAAGGAGGUUGCUAACCUGGGUGACUACGCAGAUGGUGACUAGCAGAUGGAUUGCUGCACAGAAAGCAGUUGUCUUGGAUUUCAGGUAGAACAGGGACAGAAAGAGGAAGCAGGGGUGUUUGUAGAACACACAUCGGGUGUUCCAGAAAGCACAAAGGAGAGGUUUGAGUGUGAAGAUAAGCAAUCACAGGGAGACGGUCCAGUCUCGUGCUAGGCCGGGACUAAGGGGGACCGCCAGUCUUCACUGCUUCGCGUCACCCGUGGGACGGAGCACUGUGCCUGCGGUGAGUGAGUCCUCUCUCAUUUGAUACCGAGCACAUUUCUGACACAUCAGAGCUUGACUAAGGCAGACUUUAGUCAUAGUUAUUGUGUGGGCCUGGUCACCACAACCAGUUGUCCACAGUGUAGCCACUGUUACUGUAUUUUAAAUGAUAAGUCACGGGGUGUUUAGAACUUACUACACUGAGAAAGAGGAGUAGGAUAUAGGCCCUCAGAAAGCUUACAUGGUCCAGUGGACUUGUGCAGUCAUGCCCAUCAGACCUCUGGAGGCAUGUGUCGCUCCCCCUCUUCGUGGAGGAACGACACAGGACCCUGCGCUGUUCUUUCGUCUGCUCGGCCCUCCCCGGGUUUGCUGCUGGUUCUUCCCGGGUUGGCUACUAUCCCUUCCACCUCCGUGGAAGGGCAGUUCCCCCUGGCCGCAUUCCCCACUUCCGCAGGGGAGCGGCACACCGCCGGCCGGCUUUCUCGGGGGCUGCACGGGUUCCCUUAGAUGUUCCCCAUAGAUGUUCCCGGUGCAUGCCGUCUCUCUCCUCCUUUAUAGUCCUCCUCCGCCAAUCCCAACUCGGCUGCCCACACGCCGAGUACGCUGCUCUCCAAUCAAUAGCAAGUCCUACAGUUUAUUAGCUGAACUGGAGGCAGCUGUGCGGAAGCUGUUUACUUCUCUCCCAGCGCCAUAUUGUGGGAGAGCAGAUGCAUAGAAUAAGUCUUAAUUUCAGUAACUUAGUCCAGUCCGGAUUGCUCCCCACAGCAUGUGCCUUUUUUAAAAAAUUGCUCUAUUAUUUAUUCUGAUUUAAAAAAUAGUAGAUACUCACCAAGAAAAUUUAUACAUUAUAAAAAAUAUAUGGUGGGGAAAUAACACCUAUGAACCAUCACCUAGAGUGAUCAUGCCUGUGAACUUGGUGUUUGUCCUUCCAGACUUUAAGAUGACUUAAGAUCAUUCUGAUGAUUUUAUUGUGAUGGGAGUGGUUUUACUAACUCUAUGAGGUCAUUGGAAACACAGUGAAAGCACUACACUCAUGUGUGUGUGUGUGUGUGUGUGUGUAUGCAUACAAAGGAUCGGGGUAUGCAUACUGUUUUAAAAUUUUUAAAACUUAUGGCUAUAAUGAAAUAUUAAAUAUAUAACCAAUAUAAUGAUUACAUAUAUAAGCAUUCAGUUUAAUAGGUUUGUGUUUGUCACUAUUGACUAGGGUGUUCUAUCUUAUGGAAGUAUAAUUUACUAGUCUCUUGAUAGAGACUUAGAAUAUCUGGAGCUUGGGGCUAUUAAAAAAUCAGGCAUGAAUUAUUCUUGUAUAUGCCUUUGGAAAAUGUGUACAUCUCCUCAAGAGAGAUUCCUAGAGGGGAGAUUGAUGGGUCAAAGCAUAUGCACCUGUUGCAUUGUGAUGACGCCUCAGAGGUGCUCAUCCAGGGAUGGGGAACAUUUUUUUCUGCCAAGGGCCAUUGGAUAUUUAUGAAAUCAUUUGUGAGCCAUACAAAAUUAUCAACUUAAAAAUUAGCCUGCGAUGGAUUUUGAAUUCUGAGUCCCCCUGCCAUUGCCUUGGUAGUGCCACAUCAGAUGAUUUUGUGGGUUUCGUGUGGCCCAUGGGCUGGAAGUUCCCACUCCUGCAAACUGCAGGUCUCUUACCGCCAUGUUCAAGGCCUCUACCCAUCUCUUCACCUCAUUCCUCACUGUCACGGUCUGCACGCCAGGGAUACUUAAUCCACAAAACUGUGGUUUCUGUUAUCAGUCUGGCCUCUCCUAUCUAGGGCUGUGCAGGCUUAGUUCUUGUAUUUGGAAUAUUUUGCUUAUUAAAUUUGUGGAGGCCUUCAAGGUCUCAGCUCAUACUUCCCAUCUGUGAAGUUUCCCUGACUUGUGGAGGUCGUCACACUUGUUCCUCCUUUCAGGUUUCCACAGAGCUCUUUACGAGCCAUGAGAAUUUCAUUUUAUCCCAGUCCCGACACUUAUACCACGUUUUUAUUUAUUUUCUUUGAUAAUCCCCUUGAUAGCUGGGACAGAGUUUUUCUCAGGGUUGGUUGCAGUAGGGAUGUGGUGCACACUGAGAAACCUGUCGAAUCGCGGGGCCAUCUCCUCCUCUGACUCUUCCCCCACGGUGGCAGGCACACACCACAGUGCACGAGGUGUCAGAUUCAGAUCACUGGCUUGGACUCAUGCAUCUGCGAACAUUUCAGCUCUCACUGUUUAUUUAGAGCAGUCUCAGAAUAGGGGGAAAAGGCCUCAAAAAAGUAUGGGAGAGUGUAGACAUCUCUAGAGUAUAAAUGAUGCCAAAAUGACAGCUAAAGUUAACCUCAGGAAAACCGAGUGAGUUAUUUAGAAAAUUUGCUUAAAGGACUUGCCUUUAUUAAUUAAAACUUUUCACUUUACAUAGAUCAUUUUUGAUAUUAUUUAGUUUUUUAUUGUUGUACACCACUUCAAAGAACGACAAUGGAAACAGAGUUGUAUUUGGAAGGAUACUGCCCUCUAGUGGAACCAAAGGUGGGGUGGGGUAGAGUGGGGAACAGGCAGACAGACAUCCCAGACCCCUUAGGAGUAGAAACAAGGAGUCCUUUGUUGGUCUUUCUGUGUUGCCGCUGUAGUCUUGUCUCUGACCUAUUCUGUCUGGGUCAACUUAAGUCACAUUGCAAACCCAGCACAGUCAUUUAUGGAAGGGCUUUUGGACCAAGUGGUAAAGUGGUAUCAAAGUGACAAGGGAAGAAAAAGACGGUUCUCAGAGAAAGCUAAAUGCUUCCUGGACUAACUGGAAUGUAAAGAAGGAAUGUGCACUGGACUGAUCUGUUUUGCCAUUAAACUGGACCUUUUCCACUUAGUGAACAUUAAGCUUGGUAAGUUGUAUUUUUUAUCUCCAUUGAAUUUUGGUCAGAUACAGGCUCUAUGCAUUAAAGAUACAUGAUUAUCAUGACACUCGGGGGGAAAAAAUCCCAUCAUGUUGCAAACAAUGCAAAGCAACACUAUUGCUAUGUACAAUUUUUAUAUAAUUAUUUUUAUUUUUAGGCACACUUAACCAUAAGUAUUUUGUAUUAUGACUUCAUGUUCAAAAACUAAUCAUUCUGUUACAUUU